AUGAAGUCGUGGAACUUCUUGAUAUUUGUCACUGGAGCAUUGCUCAAUCUAAAAGGAGAGGUUCUUGGCUGCACAACUGGAGAUGUCAGACUGGCUGGAACUGACAAGAACUAUACAGGAAGAGUGGAGUUCUGUAAUGAGGGAGAGUGGGGGACAGUUUGCGAUAACUCUUGGGAUGAUGAGGACGCUAGAGUAGUGUGCAGACAGCUGGGCCUCCCCACCAAAGAUGAAGAGGUUAUAUGUGAUUUCGAGCAGGCUAUGCCACUGGAAAACCCUCCAGAAUGUAGUGAGAAAGACACUCAAUCUGGACCAUCAGAAGCAUGCGUACACAGGUAUGGAGUACGUGUUCCAUUCUAUACAAUAAGUUCUCCCACACCAUGCGAUGAUCUUUACGAACCGGGUGUCGACUACAUCUAUGUACCACUAAGCAGGAGCAAAGGAAUCUACUCAAGACUAAUAAAAGACAUAGCCGCGUAUGGCCAUUUCCUACUGGAGGACCUAGUGGAGUGCUAUGAGAUAGCAAGACGCGUCCUCUGCCGCUAUUACUUCCCUCCUAGCGGAAACGUUACUCACUUCCAUCCUCCAGUCAGUGUCUGUCCAGAACAGUGUAGACUCAUUGAACAACUCUGCCCCGAGGAGUGGGCAUCAGUAGUGAAAAGGUUUCAGGAUAACGAUGCAAUCAUUUCUGGCCAGGGCCUCCAGUUGAUAGAGUGUGACUUCCCAGGGAGGCAUUUGUCUCCGUUGCCACACUGCUGCUCUGAUCUUGGUCUGAACACAUCUCUACUAUUGAACAAUGAAGAAGAUGAAGACACCAGUACUAAUAUUCCAAUACUGAGUCCAUUGUACCUUGGCAUCGGUUCAGCAGCACUUGUUGUUUUGACUGCACUUGUGGCUGUUCCCAUUAUACUCUGUUCUCUACGGAAGUGGUGUCAGAGACCCAAGAGGAUGGUCAUAUCAAAGCCACAGUCCCAUCACAGAAGGAGGUCAGUGAAGACAGAGAGAAUUGACAUAGUUGUGGAUGAGGCAACGCAUUGUUACACACAAAAUGACGAUGCACUCGGAAGCUUCAAGAGGAAGGAAGGGGAGCCACAGGUUCGAAGGGUACUGUCAGGAUUUAUCAGACAGAUGUCGGAAGACAAAUUGCUCAUCCCUAAAGAGCACGUCCAUCUUGUCAGCAUUGUCGGGCAAGGUCCAAAUUGUUCUGGUUAA